AUGUGGACCCGGGUGGUGUGUCUCCUGGCUCUCAUCCACUUCAGUGCAGCAGUCAUUGUGAAGGUUGGAGAUUUCACCUUCCCUCUGGAGACUGUGAAGAAGCUGAAAGAAGUUGUUGACAAUGGAAAGGUGGGCGAUGACCGUGCACAGGGCGACGAUAUAAAACCGUACGAUCUGAUCUGCGGCAACCACGCUGUACCAGAACUGCAGGAUCUGUGCGACCAGCCGGACCUGAUGACACAGGCGCUGCGAGGACUCGCACUUGUCGCAGAUAAGAUGGACGCCUGUGAAGUUUGCGCCUUUGCAGCGUGCAGUGGCUGCUAGUCGUCUGCUGCCGCCGCUGAUCUUCCGCUCUCACUGUUCAUUAUAGAGAAUCUUCUGUGAAGUAACAC